AGAGUGAACAGUGAGGCGAGAGGUUGUGUGUGCUCCUGUGGUGUGACGUAGACGGUGGUGUACUGUCCCAUUGUUUUUGUAUUCGACUCUUUGUGUGUGAGAAAGGUUAUGUAUUUGGUAUGCGAUCGAAAAGACAUAAAAAUGUGAACGUAAGCUGUGAAUUAGUGAUGAUAAAGCGGCCAAGUCGCCGCGAACCAGUUGUGACUGAGCGGCCCAUCGCAUCGAGAUGAGGGCCCGCCCCUCGCGUCGGCAGUUUGUCCUGGAAAGAAGGAACACCCGUGGCCAUCUCCAGCCCGGCCUUGAACCACUGCUGCUACUAGUCACUGGGGGAAGGGCGUCUCUGGCCUCGUCGUUAAUACCUCCAAAUUGAUACCAUUGGCGCCUUAGGACCUGGAGCACCUGUGACUGGGGGAGCAGGAGGCGGUGUGGACGGGCCGUGCACGUGAUACGAGGCGACCAUUACGACGUGCUGCCAGACGACCUCUCCUUCAUCGACCACGUGCUGGCACAGCCUGUGGACCAGCUGGGAAGUGUUAUACCCGAGUGUGCUUGGAGUCAAUUGAGGGACCAAUACAUUGAAAAACAAAUAUAACAUUUGAUGCCAAAAAGAAAAACACAUUGCAAGUUAUAUUGUGAUUUAUUUAAUAGCAACCAAAAGAUAAAAUUCAAAAGAUACAUAUAAAAACUUACUCAAAUUUUUCUCGCUAAUAAAUGAGACACAUUUGAGUUGUGAUUGUGAACGUUACAAUUUAUAAGUGUUUAAAGAAAUAAGGGGAGCUUGUGUGUGUAACUUGUGAAGAGUGAGGAUAUCGCAUAAGGGUGCCAGGCCACAGUCAAGGUGCGCUACAAGGCGGACUCGUGGGCCCCCCGUGAUCCUCCUCCUCCUCCUAUAUGCAAAAGUCAAUUUGCCGCGCCCCCCGCCACUCCACUCCUCAGAAGAGACCGCGUUUCUAUGUCCUUCUCAGUGGCUCCCGGCUCUUCGUAUGCGGCAGCGGGGGCUUGGACACCUGACCAGGAUUCCGUUGUAUCGGGCUUCACAGACGCUAGUAUCUACGCUUCCCUCCAGCGACACCCUCACGGUGUUCAGCAGUACCAACAACAGCAACAGCAGUAUCAGCAUCACCACCCAAGGCACAAGACAUCCUUUGUCGCUCUCAGGAACGUCAAUGCUCGACCACAGCACAAGAGAGGAAGGCGGGUCAGUGAGAUGACAGCCGGCGUAGGUGGAGAUGGUGGGAUGGGGGGGGAAGUAAUUGAGGUACAGAUCCUGCCCCAGGAUGACAACUGGGGCGAUAAUACUACAGCCAUCACUGGCAACACCUCUGUACGCUCAGAGUCUUUCCAAGAUGUUACUAUUAUUGGACGUGAGCAAGAAACAGGCAUAACAUUCACAUGUCAACGUUAUGCUGGGUCAGCUCUAUGUGCGCUGGUCGCCCUCCUAGCAUUUCUCAGCCCCAUUGCUAUGGUGUUGAUCCCUCGACUGAAUGUAAUCAAAUUGAAGAGUGACCACCUCAAGUGUGACUCAGAGUGUGAUGGUCUACUCAUCAGUUUCUCCUUCAAGCUUCUCAUUUUACUCCUAGGAUCAUGGGCACUCUUCUUCAGGCAACCAAAGGCUACUAUGCCCAGAAUAUUUAUCUUCAGAGCAUUAGUGACUAUGCUCAUCUUCGUCUUCACCUUCUCUUACUGGUUGUUCUACGUUGUGAGGAUCCUGGAGAACAAGGAUGAAGUACGUUAUCGAUCAAUUGUAUACUUUGCGGUGAGCCUAGUGGAUGCACUGCUGUUUAUCCACUACCUAGCUGUGAUCCUUCUGGAGUUGAGACACCUUACUCCACAGUAUUCAGUUAAGGUCCUCAGGUCUCCAGAUGGGGAAAGCAGGUGGUACAAUAUUGGCCAGCUGAGUGUACAACGGGCAGCUGCAUGGGUCCUAGAGAAGUACUACCAAGAUUUCACCAUCUACAACCCUUAUUUGGAUCGUGUGCCUUCCAAGAAAAAGAAUUCGGUCAACUCAUCUUUUAAAUAUUACGAUGUUGAUGGCAAUGAGGAAAAUAAUGAGGGACAGACACGUGCAGUUUUAACUGCAAGUGCCCGAAGACGUGACUCGGCACACAAUGAGAGAUUCUACGAGGAACACGAAUAUGAAAGAAGAGUACGCAAACGAAAGGCCAGACUAAUUACUGCCGCUGAAGAAGCCUUCACACAUAUUAAACGCAUGCAUGAGGAACAAGGUCCUAGUGCUCCAAUGGACCCCCAUGAGGCUGCCCAGUCCAUAUUCCCGUCCUUGGCACGAGCCUUGCAAAAGUAUCUGCGUAUCACAAGGCAGCAGCCCAGACAUACCAUGGACUCCAUCCUCAAUCAUCUAGCUGUGUGUUUAGCACAUGACAUGAGCCCUCGAGCAUUCCUAGAAAAAUAUCUUGUGUCAUCUCCCAUUUUACAGAAUGACAAGGAGCACCGAGGUGUUCAAUCCUGGGGUCUAGUGUGUGAUCAACUUCUAUCUCGUCCUAUAAACAAUGGUACCAUUUUCCAGCUGCGCCAGGCUGAUGUGUGUCUUUUGUGCUCUGUGUCCCAAAUACCACAUUUCUCAAUCGCUGAGGAGAUCAUCCAUCCAAAGAGUAACAAAUUUGUUCUCCGACUGAACUCAGAAACCAGUGUAUAAGGAUACGUGUGACUGCGGAACCCUAGAUGUAAUUAUGUACACCAUGAUAUCAGCUCCUAUAGCUGAGCUUCCUUAUAUAUAAUGGAGUCAUAUAUUGCACAUAUUCAUAGACAAAUCAGUCGCCACAGUAAGUCAUACCAAAGCAAAUGGACAUAUUUUAGUGAUUAAAAAUGCCAGACUCUUCAAAUACUGUGUUCCUCUUGGAGUACUGACCUGAACUACAGUAUAUUAGAACAACCUUUGUGCUUGAUAUUUAUUAUGUGCUGAAUGCUAAUCCGUCAACAGUUGAUGUCGUGUUUACACAAUUAAUGCUUCUCAGUGUACAAGAGUUCUGUGUAAUGCAUAUACAGACUUGCUGAAGCACAUACUGUAGAUGGUUUUUGAAAAUGGUAAUUUGUGAAGACAUUAUUACCAUCCCUAGAGAAUUGUUAAAUAAUUGAUAAAUACUCAAAUUACAUAUUGAGGUACAGGAAGUACUUCAAUUAUUGUAAGUGUCUCUAAUCAGAUGCUUCCCUUGUGCAGUGUGGCUGUGUUGCCAUGUGAUUUAAGCCAUGUUGCCUCAUCUAAAUCAAUUUUUCAUUUAAAUUUGUCAUUUUGUGAAAUAUACUGUAUUUUUUAAAUGCAGAGGUAAACGCUCUAAUAUUCAUUUCAGAGUUCUAAGUUAGAAUGAAGUAUUUAUUUUUACCUGAUUAAUUCAUAAGCUCAAACAGAUUUAGUUAUUAAACAGAGAACAGAAAGUUCAUCACUUUCUAGUCGUUUUUCUUGUAGGGAUUUAUACAGUAUGUGGAUGUAUGUUGUGUCAUAGGAUACAGGAAGGUUGUAUGAGGAGUUGUACAAGCCUAAACCCUGGGUCAUACUUACUGUAGGAUAAUUGACUUUUGGCGAGUAUCUAAUACAUUACACGUAAAAUAAGAUCUAUUGUUCAUGUUGCAUUGCAUGUUGAGAAGUUCUUCCUCUCAAAAAUGUGUAUGUGUGCCAUGUCAAUGGGACACUCAUGCUAAUAAGUCAUCGCAAUGAUCAUUUCAUGCAUUUCAAUUGCAACAGGAAAAUGCAUACUUUUUAUGUCAAUUGUGCAUAUUCUUUCCAUUUCUUCGUUGUACUCAAUGCAUGCAAUAAAGCCAUUCUUGUGACAUUCAUUCAUGGUGUAUUUCUCUACAUAUCUCAAGGACCAUCCCAUCAAAAUUUGUAACAUCCAGAAGUUCUUUUUCUGAGAUAUGGUUUGUAUUGAUUACUUGGUCUUCCAGGAAUAUAUUUAUUGAGGAGACUAUUAAGUCACUACAACAUUCAGGAGAUGAAACAAUAUUCAGGGGACUCACUUGGAAUUUUUUUAUCAAGGCAUUUGCCAAAAACAAAAAAGUAAUCAUCCUUUUACCAAUUAUUCAUGUAAUUCUGUGGCAUCAAUCUUAAUUAGUACUGUUCACUGGUAACUAACUAAAAUACAGAUCAUUAAGAUUGAUUCCAAUACACAGUAGUCCAUUUGUAGUAAAAAAAUUGCCAAAAACAUUUUGACUAUACCAUAAAAAAAUCACCAUUGGCAAAACUGAUGAAGAAUAACCCCAGCCCCGUUCUUGGUUGUUAUGAUACCAUGUUCCUUGUGAGUAAACAAGAAUUACCAUUUACUGCCAAACUUCUUUUAUAACACAUCUGAGCAAAUUUUCAGGUUAAUGAGUCUGGUGCAAUAAUCAUGUUUUGUGGAUAGCCAAAGGAUAAGUUCUGUCAUGUACAUAAUUGUAAAUAUUGAUGUUGUUAUUUUUUUAGCUUUGUAAUUAGUUUGCUAUUUAUUUUUUAAUUAUAUUUAAUGUGUCAGUACAUUGCCAAUAUUUUAUUAUUUUAAGUAAUUUUUAUUUGAGGCAGACUGUACCUCACUCAUCUCAAAAUAAAGUUGUAAAAUUAUGCCUUGAUAUAGUUCAGUAUCUUCUUAUAUUACAGUGUAUGUGUAAGCUCUAAGAAAACUUAAAUGUACUCAUAGAACAACUAAUGUAUUUAUGUACCGGUGUUAUGCAUAUAAUUGUGAUUUAUGUUUCUUUUUUAUCAUUAUUAUGAAUUUUGAGGAUUCUCUUAUUAUAUACUGUUGCAAUGUUUGGAGCACUGAUAAUAGAAUCUCACAGCAACUUUAAUGUAACAUAUUCAAAGUCUAGAGAAGAGUAACGUAGCUGUUGUUAUUUUUUACUUCAUUGAAACCUCACACAGGUCACAGAUUAUUUCCUCUAUAAGAGAAAACAUUGUGUAAUAGCAAACAUUCUUUCAGUUACCUCAUCUUAGGAUUACAAGGUGCAGUCAUAGGCACUCUUAGAAGUACAGUAUAAUUGUUUCUUGUAACAUUUUAUGUACUGUGACUUAUUGAUUGAUCUUAUGUGGUCUUUUUAGGCAUAUCAACUUUGUAAAAUAGAUUAGUGAGUGCUGUUUAUAAUAGUAAAUAAAAUACAAUUCUCCAAAAA